AUGGAGGCAGGUGGCGACGCAGGUGAGAUACCCAGCUUCACGCAACGAGAGAUCGAUCGCAACCAAGCGCCCGGCAACGAAAACGAAAGCACCGUGCAUGGCGGCGAUUCACACGCGGAGGAUACGGAGCGGCUUUCUUCCAUGCCGUUGUCCGAAUCAUCCGCGCCGCCGCGCAGCAAGAACUCAGUGCGCCGGCAGCGUAGGGCAUCGCGGAGAUCUCGGCAUGCGCUCAGGCAGGAAGUGCUGGAGAGUGUUGACACCAAUGUUUUAGCUACAGCGAAGGAGGCCAUUGGUGCCCCUGAUCUCGACCACUCUACAUACGCCGAGGCCGUGAAGGAGGGUUCGCUAGACACGACGGCCGACGGCGCCGAUGACGGGACGAAGGGAGGUGACCCGGCUCCUCAGACUUUGGACAAAGCGCAAACGAACGGCUCAGCGAAAGUGGCGACGGAGCACAGCAACAAGUCCGGCAAGAUCGACUCUGACAUGCCUGACACGGGAGCUACUUACGCGGAUGUGGUGAAAGAUGGUGUAAAAGAUUCAGAGAAGACAAAUGGCCAUACUAAGAAAUCACCGGCGGAGGGCGGAGAGCAAAGGAAAACAGAUAGCCCCAAUGGUACUUCCCGCGAAAAGACUGGGGGCUUUAAGAACGACUAUCCUGAGCUUAAGGACGACCUUGCUGUCCACGAAGAAGAGUAUGAGCGGAUGAGAGAUCGCAUUGCCGCCGCACAAGUGGCUGGCAUCAGGUUUGCGCCCCUGAAAGUCCCUCUCAAGCGCAGGAUGCAGACGCUGGCUGUCUUGUUUCACUCUCUGUGUAUGGGCACGACGGUGUCGAUUUUCUUCUUUCUCUGCGCCUUGCCAUUUCUAUGGCCGAUCAUAAUCAUCUACCUUAUUACCAUCCUAUUCGCGACAGAUGCGACGGAUGGCCGACUUCGCCGGCGGAAUGAAUGGUUUCGUCGCUGUGCUAUAUGGAAGUACUUCGCUGAAUACUUCCCGGCCAAGCUGCACAAGACACAUGAUCUGCCGCCUACGCGGAAAUACAUCUUUGGCUACCAUCCUCAUGGCAUCAUCUCCCAUGGAGCAUGGGUUGCUUUUGCCUCGGAGGCACUCGGCUUCGCUGAGAAGUUUCCUGGUAUCACCAACAGUCUUUUGACUCUCGACUCAAAUUUCCGGACGCCUAUCUACAGGGAGUAUGUUUUCUCGAUGGGAUGUCUGUCUGUAAGCAAGGAGUCUAUCACGAAUACCUUGACAAAGGGCGGACCCAACGGUGAGGGCAUGGGCCGUGCCGUGACUAUUGUCAUUGGAGGUGCAAGAGAGUCGCUCGAGGCUCAACCGGGCAGGAUGAAGCUGAUCCUUAAGGAGCGCAAGGGCUUCAUAAAGCUCGCCAUUCGAACAGGCGCCGAUCUUGUGCCUGUGGUUGCCUUUGGUGAGAACGAGCUGUACGACCAACUGCAGCCGCACCAGCACCCUUAUCUGCACAAGAUUCAGCGGCACUUCCUAAAGGUGUGGAAGUUCACAGUGCCGUUGCUACAUGGUCGCGGCAUAUUCAACUACGACGUUGGACUGAUGCCCUACCGCCGACCGAUGAAUAUUGUGGUCGGCAAGCCUAUCAUGGUGGCUCAAAACGCGAACCCGGACGUCGACGAGGUUGACCGUUUGCAUGACCUGUACACGGAAGAGGUUCAGAAGAUCUGGGACCGUUACAAGGACGAGUUUGCCAAGCACCGAAGGGAGGAACUACAGAUCCUGGAGUAG